AUGGAAGUCGAAACCAUCCACAAGCCAAAGCCAGAGCCAGAGCCAGAGCCUCAGACUAUCCCAUCAACCCCAUUGAGAAAGAUCAUUCUGGUCGCCUCCAUUGCCGCCGGAAUCCAAUUCGGAUGGGCUCUACAGCUCUCACUUUUAACCCCUUACGUCCAGCUCCUCGGCAUCCCCCACACCUGGGCCGCCUUCAUCUGGCUCUGCGGCCCCGUCUCCGGCAUGCUUGUCCAACCCAUCGUCGGCUACCACAGUGACCGCUGCGGCCGACGCCGUCCCUUCAUCGUCGCCGGCUCCUCUCUCGUCGCCAUCGCCGUCUUCCUCAUCGGCUACGCCGCCGACCUCGGCCACCUCUUCGGCGACUCCCUCGACAAGCCCACCAAGCCACGCGCCAUCGCCGUGUUCGUGGUCGGGUUCUGGAUCCUCGACGUGGCCAACAACAUGUUACAAGGCCCCUGCCGUGCGCUCCUGGCCGACAUCUCCGGCUCCGACACCAGGAAAAUGCGAACCGCCAACGGGUUCUACUCUUUCUUCAUGGCCGUCGGAAACGUCCUCGGAUUCUCCGCCGGGUCCUACACUCAUCUCCAUAAGAUGCUCCCCUUCACCAUGACCAAAGCCUGCGACGUCUACUGCGCCAACCUCAAAACCUGCUUCUUCCUCUCCAUCGCUCUCCUCAUCGCCCUCACCAUCCUCGCACUCACAUCCGUCCCGGAGCCGACUCCGGAAGUCGUGGAUGAGGAGAUCGCACCAGCGGUGCCCUUCUUCACCGAAAUUGUAGCCGCGUUUAAGGAGCUGCAGAGACCGAUGUGGAUCCUGUUGGUGGUGACAUGCCUCAACUGGAUUGCAUGGUUCCCUUUCUUACUGUUCGACACUGACUGGAUGGGAAGGGAGGUGUACGGAGGUGAGGUCGGCAAUGGCAGGCUGUAUGACUUGGGGGUCAGAGCCGGUGCCCUCGGCCUCAUGCUCAACUCCGUCGUCUUGGGCUGCGUCUCUCUCGGGAUUGAGAUUCUGGCGCGUGCCCUUGGUGGGGUCAAGCGCUUGUGGGGCCUUGUCAACUUUCUCCUCGCCAUCUGUUUGGCCAUGACUGUCUUGAUCACCAAACUAGCUCAGUCCGCUCGACACGGCGCCGUUUCAGUCUCCGGAGCUCAGCCACCUCCGCCCCCGGCCGGUAUCAAGGCGGGUGCGCUGGCUCUCUUUGCUCUCCUGGGUAUACCUCAGGCGAUAACCUACAGUGUUCCCUUUGCUCUAGCAUCCAUAUUUUGCAGCAAUUCUGGUGCAGGCCAAGGGCUUUCUUUAGGAGUCUUGAAUCUUGCAAUUGUUGUGCCACAGAUGGUAGUGUCAGUAGCAAGUGGACCAUGGGAUGCUCUAUUUGGUGGUGGUAAUUUGCCGGCAUUUGUGGUUGGAGCCAUCGCCGCUGUAUUGAGUGGUAUCCUAGCUCUCACUAUGUUACCAUCUCCUCCCCCGGAUCUUCCAACAGCUAAGAAUGCAAGAGCUGCAGCAGCUGCAUUCCAUUGA